UAUUCACAUGGUUUGUCGGUGCAUGGGUUGACAGUUCUGAGGUGGUUUUCAAGGUAGUCCUUUCAGGUGUUAGUGCGUUGUCAUGGUUACGUCUGGGGGGUUUUCCCAACAUGUGACGCUCGGGGAUUUCCAUCAGCAAAAUAGAUCUCUCCAAAUAAUUGAACAUGAGGAGCUGAUAUCUUUCAGCAAGUAAACAGAGGAGUGGUAAUAGUGGCCAUUACGCUAAACCGUGGUGUUUCCUUGAAACGGUUGCAGUGAAAAUCAAGGACGUGGUAGAACGCGGACAACGUGGAUUCGUGGAGCGCAAGAGGCCAUUAAAGAAUAACUCUAGCUAACGUCACACGUUAAGUUAGAGUUUCAGGUCAAAUGAGCACACUCCAGUGAGAGAGUUUGGAAACCAUCACAAAUCUGGAUCUUUCUAUCAUGACAAACAUGAGUGUCCAUAACGGAACGCGCGGGGGCACAGAUAUCGACCUUGACAUAAUCCAGGAGUAUAUCGUGGAGGACACAUCGCCUAGACCGUUCGUGCUACCUGGGCCUCCUCCCCCUCCUCCCGACCCCGAUUCUGACAGUAGGACAUUGCAAGAACUUACAAGUCCCAAAAGGAACCCAGUGCUAGUGUCCAGGGGUACUGCCUCCCAGCCCCUGCGGACCUUUCCUGAAGUCCCGACCCCAGUGCACCCUCACAUGAGGAGUUCUAGGGGAGCGGCCCCCCGGUCCGGGUGUGGGCGUGGAGGGGCAGCGGCGGUGCAGCGGGCGGCCCGCUCGGACACAGAGCCGCUGGAGCGCCUUCUGGACAAGCCGCAGCUGGUGGUGACGGAGCAGCCCAAAGAGAGGGGCAUGAGGUUCCGCUACGAGUGCGAGGGACGGUCCGCUGGCAGCAUCCUUGGCACAAGCAGCAACGAGACCAACAAGACCCUACCUGCCAUUGAGAUUCAAGGACCAAUUCAAGAUUUGAAAAAUGUCAUAGUCACUGUUUCCCUCGUCACCAAGGACAUCCCUUACCGCCCACAUCCCCACUGCCUUGUGGGGAAAGACUGCUCCGAUGGCAUCUGUGUCAUCCACCUUAAUCCACACAACACUCGCCGACACAGUUUUGCCAAUUUGGGCAUUCAGUGUGUGCGUAGGAAAGAGCUUGAUCUCUCCCUAAAGAAGAGAAGGGAUCAAAAAAUUGAUCCAUUUAACACUGGCCAAUCUAAGAGCAUUGAAGAUAUGGACAUGAAUGUGGUCCGACUGUGUUUCCAAUGUGAGCUGGAGAGAGAGGAUGGCGAGAGGAUCCAUCUGUCCCCAAUCGUCUCCAACCCCAUUUUCGACAAGAAGGCUACAACAACAUCAGAGCUGAAAAUAACUCGACUGAAUGUCAUUAAGGGGCCAUGCACAGGGAAAACUGAGAUUUACAUGUUGUGUGACAAAGUCCAAAAAGAUGACAUCGAAAUCAUCUUUGGCCGGGGAUCGUGGGAGGCCAAGGCUGAGUUUGCACAGACAGACGUCCACCGACAGAUCGCCAUCGUCUUCAAGUCGCCCCCAUAUCAGGACCAGGACAUCUAUGAGGAGGUGGAGGUCAACGUUUUCCUCCGGCGGCUGUCAGACCGCAUGGACAGCGAACCUGUCAAGUUCACCUACACGGCACAUAAUCCAGAUCCUUAUGGGGUAAAUCGCAAAAGAAAAAUCAAGCCUGACAUCAAGUUCACUGAUGGGUGCAAUGCGAGAGCAGAGACUGUGAUGGCAGAGCCUGCUUUACUUCGUGCCUUUGACUCCUUCUCCUAUCCCCCGGAGAGCGCCGUUGGCAUGGUGGCCGCAUCUCAAGAAGACCUACCAAUCCAGCCUCUUCAGGGCCUGGGAGACAUGUAUGCUAUUGACGAGCUGAAGCAAGAAGUACCCACAGAGACUCUGGAUACAGACACCAUGAACAUGCUGUCUUCAAUCAUACAGAUGCUUGAAGAUAACAACGGUAGCUUUGGCUUGCCUGUGGCCAACCAGGACGAAAACUCUAACUCUGACUUUAGAGAGAACUUUCCUAUGGAGGAUCAGUCCGCAAUGAACAUGAGUAUUUACACCGACAUGCAGUUCAGUCAGAUGGUCAGUGGUGGCCAUCAUGCUUUUCCCCCCUCUGUUCUUGAUUUGAUUGAUCAGGGCCUUGCUAUGGACAAUCACAGUCUUCCUCAGGUGAAGACGGAAAAAGAGGGUGACGUCUGAACCCUCCCCCCCGGUCUAUCCCUCACAGGUCAUUGCAUCACUUAGGUCCCUUUUCCAGAGUUAAGAUGUUUCAGACAUUAAGGCCUUGGAGAGGAAAUGAGUGUUGCUCUUAGUCGGGUAUCGCUGGCGAACCCAGUAUCACUGUCCGUCCUGAACUUUGUGAAUAGCAUGCUAUGCAUUAUUGUAAGUCCUCGGCUGCUACACUGACAAACACUGAUUAUCUGUACGGCUAAAUGGACAGUUAGUACGUAAAUGGUUGGCCAGUCAGGACCAAUGUAUCGAGAAAAAGGUAUGGUCUUGUUUUCCUUGUCAAAUAUGUCCUUAAUUUCCUUGUUGAUAUUUUCAUUGCUGAGGGUCCAGACAUUUUGUACAUAUUCUGGUUGACGAAAUUAAAAUGUUACAUUAAAAUAAAAGCCCUACUGUGCCACUGCCACAAGUGGGAGAAAAUGAAGAUGUUCAUACUAUUAUUAGUGCAGUAGUUAUCGAAGGGAUGGACCACACGGACCACAGAAUACAUUUCCCAUAUUUCUUACUGUAAAACAACAACCUUAUCUUUGGCUGAGUGAAUUUUGUGCUAGCAUUUUCUGUCAGUAUAGAUGUUUUAGUUAUGUGGACCAUUAAUGUUUUACAUCUAAGUGUGUCCUGUGUGUCUUUUGGUUAACAUUAAAACUGUUGUAUAGACUGCA